UCACAGUGUGCGCGGCUCGUGCGCUCUUUCAUCUCGCGCUCCGGUACUCUGACAUCGAUUCGUGCGAUCGUGACGUCGCUGAAGGAAAGUAAUGACUUGUUUGUGAAUUAAAAUAACAAGAAGGAGCGCUCGUUUUUUAUAUUUGAACAUCCCCAGGACACCUUGGAUUUAAUCUACAGAUCGAUAUUGGGUCAUUGGAAAUGCCGAAGAAGAUGACAGCGAGCUGCUGGACGAUUGGUCUUUUUCUGCUAGGAUCUGUCACUGAGUUCAUUGUUCUAGCCAGUCCUGAGGUGAAUGAAAGCCAGCAACAACAUCCUCAAAAUGUGUACCAUGACAUCGGUGUUACCAGAAACAAGAUCGUGACUGCUCAGUUUGAGUGCUAUCAGAAGAUCAUGAAGGCCAACAGUCAAGACAGAAGAGGCCCGGUGUGCAACAGGACAUGGGACGGAUGGUUGUGUUGGGAUGAUACGGAGGCAGGCAUCACCUCUGAGCAACACUGUCCUGACUAUUUCCAGGAUUUUGACCCUACAGAAAUGGUCACCAAAAUAUGUACAGAAAGUGGGCAGUGGUUCUUGCAUCCUGAAAGUAACCGCACAUGGACAAACUUCACCAGAUGUAAUCUGCACACUACUGAAGGACGAAGGACCGCAAUGAAUUUGUUCUACUUGGCGUUAAUAGGUCACGGGCUCUCUUUAACAUCACUGUUCAUCUCACUCGGCAUAUUCUUCCAUUUCAAGAGCUUGAGCUGCCAGAGAAUUACCCUGCACAAAAACCUAUUCUUUUCCUUUGUAUUAAACUCCAUUAUCACUAUCAUUUGGUUAACAGCAGUGGCAAAUAAUCAAGAACUAGUUCAGCAAAAUCCAAUCAGCUGCAAAAUAUCUCAGUUCAUCCACCUGUACAUCUUUGGUUGCAACUACUUCUGGAUGCUUUGUGAAGGAAUUUACUUGCACACACUCAUUGUUGUCGCAGUGUUUGCUGAAAAACAACAUUUAAUGUGGUACUACCUUCUUGGAUGGGGUUUCCCACUUAUUCCAGCAACAAUACAUGCUGUAGCCAGAAGUUACUACUACAAUGAUAAUUGUUGGAUCAGCUCAAAUACGUCUCUGCUAUACAUUAUUCAUGGUCCUAUCUGUGCAGCAAUGCUGGUGAACUUGUUCUUUCUGCUGAACAUCGUACGAGUCCUCAUCACCAAACUGAAAGUAACACACCAAGCAGAGUCUAGUCUAUAUAUGAAAGCUGUCCGCGCGACCCUCAUUCUGGUUCCCCUCCUUGGCAUCCAGUAUGUCCUGCUCCCUUACAAACCUUCUGGACGUGUCUCUGCUGAAAUAUACGACUACAUCAUGCAUAUCCUAAUGCAUUAUCAGGGACUGUUGGUGGCCACAAUCUUCUGCUUUUUCAAUGGAGAGGUCCAGGCGGUUUUGAGAAGGCACUGGAAUCAGUACCGUAUUCAGUUUGGAAGCACCAUCACGCAGUCUGAUGCUCUGAGAUCUGCUUCGUACACCGCUUCCUCCAUCACUGAGGUCCAGGGCUGUUACAGCAUUGACGGACACACAGAACACUUGAAUGGCAAAAACUGCCAUGACUUUGACAACGCCAUAAUAAAACCAGAGAAUCCCUUCGCCUGAUGCCACUCAAUAUGGCAAUGUGAUGCAGAAUAUAUAUAAAAAAAAAAAACUGCCACAUGGCUGACUUGGACCUUUUUAUCCAUAGUGCAUUGCUCAUGCUCUCCGAGGGAUGGAGAAAAGGCAUUUCUCAUAAACUUUACACUGAAAAAUAAAACAUUUUGCUACCUUCAUUUAUUGUUAAAUGUACAAACACAGGCAUUAUUGGCCUUGUCUUUGUAUUUUGCAGUAUUUUAGUUUGCUCGACUGCUGUUUGCAGUGGAAUUAGUGUAAAUAUUUGGCUUUUAUAUGUAAUGCACUUCUUUGUCUUAUAUAAUUGUCCCUAUGAUAACAAAAAUCGGAUUAUUAUAAUCCAAAAACUUAUAUAUUUUUACUAAAAACCACAAAAAUCUCUAUAUUAAAACAUAAAAACUGAAAUGUGUCCAAAAGCCAAUGCUUUUUCUUUAUAAUAAUGAUUUGGUAUCCAUUUCAUUGGUAUUUUAUUAUAGUAUUAUAGCCAAAUGUUGUCUUUGUUAAAUAAGACGAAGAGCAAAUUCAGGAAAACUUUGCUUAAGGAUUUGUAUUUUAGUAUGAUCACUUUCGAUCGCUUAUCAACAUUUAUUGGACGGAAUCAAAGUACAUCCAUAAUUUUCAAAAGAGAAAUUACAAAUAUGUUAAUAGUAAUUCAAAAACUCCUACUUUUGAGUCCCCUAAAAAUGGCCCUGGAGAUUGGAGCGUAAUUUAUGUAACAUUUUGCCUUGCAGUGCAAACACAUGUUUAUGACUUUAAGAUAUAUUUCUCAAUAUAAUUAACUUAUAUACAUAUUUUCACUAUUAAAUUAUACUAUACAUGUCACACUUUCAGUGCUUUUUGACUUUGUAUUUCUUAACAUAUUCGUUAUGUUCAGUCAUGUAUUUUAUAUUUAAUUUACAUUUUCAUGAAAUAAGGUACAACAAUCCACUUCCUAUAGUACGUUACUCAGCAAAUUUCCUAUAACACACUUUUAGUGUUUGAAAGAUCAUCAUCUUGUGUCAAAAUCAGGGAUUCAGAAGCAAGCUGUGUCACUAAAAAAAAGAAAAGGUUCCAGAUAUUCAACUCUUCAAUUUCUAAAGACACUUUUAACUCAUUUACCCAAUUUAGAUACACUCACUUACAUUCCAUAUGAUUUAAAUGAUGUGGCCAUUGUUUAUUUCUAAUAAUGUCACAGUGUUUGCUAAAUUCACUUUGUUUUAGACUAUUCUGACAAUCAGAAAGUGUUUGGAAUGCUUCAAAUGAAUAGUUCACCCCAAAAAUCAACCUGUCAUUAUUUUUUCACCAUCAUGGUGUUCCAAACACCUAUGCUUUUAGGUAUUUCAGAGGGACAAAAGGACAAUGUAUGAUGAAUCUUAACAGUAAUCCAUAUCCAACUCAUACUCAAAGUUAGACAACAUUUGAGGCCCUUUUUACUAUUUCAAGAGGAUCACACGCUUAUGAUUGUUCACGGUUGGUCCCGCGUUCGCCUACGAUUGAUUUACCAAUCAGAUGAUUUCUAACUCACUUUAAAUAACCAGAGUUUCUUAUGUCAGUAUCUUCGUCUUGAAUGGGCGACACAGCAGCCCAGUGAUUAGCACUGUUGCCUCACAGCAAGAAUAUCUCUGGUUAAAGUCCUUACUAAACCAGUUGACAUUUCUGUGCGGAGUUUGCUCGUUCUCCCCGUGCUCACAUGGGUUUUCCCCAGGUUCUCCGGUUUCCUCCACAGUACAAAAAAGACCCAACAUAAGUAAAUUGAACGUACCAAAUUGACACCAUAGUCAAGCUCUUAGCACGACGUAGAUCUCUCCUUAGCCAUCCCUAUAUCUGUCAUUAGCCAGAAAUAAAUCGGGGGAGUUCAUCGAGAUCUACCUGAGCUCAAACUCCCCUCUCGCCCUGCUAACAAGAGGGAGCCCAGGGCUCGAGGAUCUCAUAAGCUCAGGGCUAUCACCUGGGACAGCAUGCCAAACAAGCUUUAUUAUCAAUCAUCAGCUAAGUGUGAAGUCUUGAACUGUAUUAUAGGGAUAGUUGACCCGAAAUGGAAAACUCUUUCUUUUACUGACCCUUCACUUGUCACAAUCCUGUUUCUGUUGAACACAAAAUAAGCUACUUUGAAAAAUGUUGGAAAACACUAACAACUGACUUCUAUAGUAUUUGUUUUUCCUACUAAGCAACUCAGUGCUUACCACUUUCCAACAUACAAAAAAAAACAUGAUUUGUGUGUGUUCAACAGGAUAAAGAAACUCAUAAAUGUUUAUAGCCACUCAGGUGUGAGUAAAUAGUGAGAACUAUACAUUUUGGGUGAACUAUCACUUUAAGAAGCAUUUUGAUCAAUCACAUCACAAGUAGAUGGAGACACAUUACCCACAUUACCAGUGUGGGUCUUUCAAUAUUUCUUGACCACUUUCUUGAUUUAUUUGAAGGUGGGAUCUGUGACUGGUCUGUGUGGUCUUUUUCUGCAAUUUUGAUAUAUUAUUGUGGAACAAGCUGGCACAAUUUACAGAAAAUAUGUGUUCUUUUUUGCCUAUUUGAAUGCCUUUGACCACAUUUACACUACACAUCUGGCUGAAAAAGUUUUCGACUAAACAUUUGGAAACAGUUAAAAGUGGACAAGCUCAAACUCUGCUCCCUCUUUGCACUUGUAUUUACUGUAGCAUCUUCUGCUUAUGUUCAGAUUGACAAAUAAAUUUUAACACCAAGUAUGCUAUAAAUGGCGGCUAAAUCCCAAUAUAUCUACUUAAUGCUACAAACAGAAACAUAUUUACUGUGAGUUUAUUCUUUGGCUUGCUUCUGUUUAUUGAUCUGUUUAUUGAUUUGAACAUUGAUCUGAACAUGGUUCAGAAAUCUGAUAUUUUUGGGGUGAACAAAUUUGUGCUUUUGUCCAUAUGAAAACCUUACAAACAAUUGUUGACAUGCGAUGCUGCAAACUGGGGAAUGUGCUUGUAUUAUGUAAAUAUUAUAUUCUCAGCUGUAAUUAGAUUUGAAUAUUUUAUAGGGGUGUGCAUAGUAUCGCUUUGCACUGCAGACAUCUUUUGUGUGCAUUAUAUCUGACUCUGGAUUGAGAAGAAAUCAGUAUUAAUAUUGCAAAUCGUAGCACUUCACCGCAUGUAAACAAAUGCCAAUCAUUAUACUUUUCAUCAGGUUCUUUACAACUUCAACACAACGUUUUUGUUCUUCUUGAAUAUCAUUUCUUUUAAUGAUUGUGUGCCAAUUACUGUUGCUUUUUUGUUGUGUUGUUUGUGAUAAUUUGUGCGUUUCACUAUUAAUAUACUCACUGCAGGACAGUUUCAAAUGUUGGUUUGUUAGUUGCAAAUAAAUAUUUGCUUGUCGUUUUUUCUAUCUGGUAUUUAAAGUUGUUCUUCAUGUAAAAGUAAAUCAGAAUCGGUGUAUUGUGUUUAUGCUGCAUCUAAACUCAACCACUGCAAAUGUUCUGAAUGUAAUUUGUCUUCUGUUCUCUUGAGGUGUACUCAUGUAACAUUUCAUAAAAUGUGAGCAGUGUUGCAA